GGUGCGUUCGGUCGUGGAAAUUGUCCGGUGCUCUGGACCAGUAGUGUAGUGCAGUGUCCCUGAUGUGUUAAGCUCCCAGGAUUAUUACUCACCAAGAGGAUUAUUCAGGAGAAUACUCUCCAGUGGGUGUUGAAGUUCACACACGGAUUUGACCCGAGUACUAGUGAAAGGCGUUAACGAUUGGAUUACAGCUCUCGGCGGAAGAAGGCAAUUGGAAGCCCAUCAUUGAAAGGUGAUAUAUCAUCCUGAAGAGGACGUGCUCCCUUGCUGUGUGUGGGGAAUACGCAGAAAUGCUACUAGCUCAAGUUCAAUCAGCAGACCGUGCGUUGUUAAGAGGAUAAAAUCAAUUACCUUUUCCUUGUAUUCAUCGGCAAGACGUUGGCCGCAGUGCAUCGAUGCUUGGAAUGUGCAAGUGCAUGUGAUUCAGACCUCUGUGCAGUCGAAUGCUUCUGUGAACACAUCAGUACUUGGAAUACGACAAUAGAAUUGCGCCACCGAAGAUUGCGGAGAAAUACAGCUAUUACCUACUGCUUUGGAAUACCUGCAGAGUGCAUCACCGUGUCUCAUUGAUGAAGCUCGGCACGUGGCGAGCCUGAGCAAAACCCCUUCCGAACAAUGACCGAAUCCCCGUUCGUAUACGGCGUGGAGUUAAGAUCACCUCCACCGACGACCGGACCGAACAGCCAGCUGACUCAGUACGACCGUUUCCUCAAGACGAAAUCCAUAACCGAACAGCUGCUGCUGGGACAUCAUUACCACUACGACGACGCCGCCGCCGCCGUCCCAACCCAACUGCCGUCGAACAUGGCCGAACUGUCGUCCCUGAUGUUGGCCGGCGAUGGUGAAAAUGUUUACACGACUUCCCACAUUGCCGCCGCCGCCGUUACCACCAACCUGACGUCCUCGCUGGGUCAGAUACGCAACAUCAUGGCCGAGCUGUCCCUUCGGGGAAGAGCCAGUGCCGCCGUGGUAACAGCCGCCGCCACCACCACCGCAGCCAGCUCAACUCCCACCGGGGCGAGCAGUCCCAGUGCAACGUCAGCGGGCAGCCGAGGGGGAGGCGGAGAUUCAACGUUCCAAAACAAUCUCAUCAUUCCGCUCUAUGCGGUUAUCUUUCUGCUGUCGGUGGUGGGCAACCUGCUGGUGAUCCUGACGCUGGCCCAGAACAAGCGGAUGCGAACCGUCACCAAUGUUUAUUUGCUUAAUUUGGCCAUUUCGGAUCUUUUGCUGGGUGUGUUCUGCAUGCCAUUCACCCUGGUCGGACAGGUACUGCGAAAGUUCAUCUUCGGAAGCAUCAUGUGCAAGCUCAUACCGUACUUUCAAGCCGUUUCCGUUUCGGUGGCCGUCUGGACCCUGGUGGCCAUCUCGUUGGAGCGCUACUUCGCCAUUUGCCGGCCGCUUUCAUCCCGCCGCUGGCAAACCCAGUUCCACGCCUACAAAAUGAUCGCCCUGGUGUGGCUGCUGAGCUUCCUGGUCAAUUCGCCCCUGUGCUACAUCCAACGACUGCAGCCGGUCAAUCGCCUACGUUCGCCAACAUCAUCGACGGCGGCAAACAGUUUGAACAAUGUCGUCAUUGCCAUCGCAACCGGCAGCUCCGGCCAACCGAUGAAGUGUCGCGAGAUGUGGCCGGACAAAUCGUACGAACGGGCCUAUGUGCUGUUCCUGGACGCGGGACUGCUGUGCUUUCCGCUGAUUACCAUGGGAUUCGCCUACUCGAUGAUUGUGUCCAAGCUGUGGCGCGGCCUGAGGCGGGAGAUACGCCACUCGACCCAUCAGAAGCAUCAACUGCAAAUCACCAACGCGACUUCCAUCUCGUUGGGUCCAUCCCCGUUGGAUACGCUUUCAACAAAUAAAAUUCUCCCGUCUCGAGCGCAGGACAACAGUUGCUAUCUAUUGACGUCGUCGUCGUCGCUGUUGUCGUCGUCCACGGCUGGACCCCCACCAACGUCAACCAAACCACUGAAGCGUACAGCGGCUGUUAACUCCGGUGGUGCUGGCCAAAGCAUCAACAACAACAACAACAAUUACUGCUGCUCCGGCUACGGUACCGCUGCCAAUAAUGGGUUGCACUACGGUGGUGGUCGGGGACUGCCGGACAUCAGCGGAAGUACGUCCACUGCUGCUGCUGGAAAACAGCGUUGCCGGACCAGAUUUGGUAUGCUGAAGCACUUUAUGGAGAGCCACAGCCCGAAAUUCAACACCAACCCGGUUAUCACAUUCAAUCCCGCCACCGUCAUAGCAUCGACCGGAACCGGAUCAUCCGUCAACAGCAGCAGUACUGCCGGAGGUGGCAAUAAGCUGUACAGUUGUAUGCCUCCGCCUUCAUCCGCCACCAGCCCAAUGUCGGAAACGGCCUUCCACGAUUGCCGGAUUACGGCACCAACAACGGUCGCUUCGUCCUGUAAUGGCGGUGGUGGUGGUCAGCCUCCGAAGGGAGCCACCAUCGACGGAUUAUCGACGGCGUCCACCAUGACAACGAUGGUUGGUGCCCCCCUUACCAGUGUGGAUCCAUCGGUCCUGUCGAUGUCGGUUGCACCGUCCUUUACCCGGCACGCCAUACGUUCCAACUACAUGGACAAAAGCAUUGAAGCUAAGAAAAAGGUCAUCCGGAUGCUCUUUGUUAUCAUCGUGGAGUUCUUUGUUUGCUGGGCACCGCUGCAUAUACUCAACACGGUCUACUUGUACUCGCCGGCCUUCGUGUACCAGUACGUCAGCAGCAAUGGGAUUGCGCUGGUACAGCUGAUGGCUUACAUCAGCUCGUGCUGCAACCCAAUUACCUACUGCUUCAUGAACCGUCGCUUCCGGCAGGCGUUCCUCAACAUCUUUGGCUGCUAUCGGCAUCGCAUUUUCCUGUGUUUGUGCUGUUGCUUCCGUUGCGGAGCGGAUGAUGACCAGCUGGACGGAGAUUCCAAGUCAGCCGGAUCGAGGGCCAACCCCAAUAAUACGGCCGGAGCAGGAACCGGCGCAAACAAUUCCGACAUAUCCGGAAACGAUUCGCUGGCCUACGCCGGUCGAAGCAUCGUCCAGCGCUCCGAGAUCAUGGUUCUGGAAUCCGAGGAUCGUGUUUAGCACCGGCUCCGACCACGUGACAAGUUCCGUUUCGAUCGUCAACUCGAUCAGCUCCAAUCGGAUCGCCCAUCAAGUGACGCAGAUCAUCGAAACCGACCCCGAGGAUGAAACGUUUCGUUUUCGGAUCACGUGGUCAAAGUCAGCUUCCUCUACUAGCCAGCCCAAGACUGCUACCGGUUGUGAUAGCGAGCGGUACUCGUAAGAAGAACCGCCAG